AUGUCUCUGUGGCCAGUUAGUAGGGAGACAUCGCUUUCAUUUCUGCUUCCUGCUUCUCGCAUUCUUCAGCCUGCUUCUCGUGCUCUUCCGCCUGCUUCCGUCUCUCGUCUGCUUUCAGGUAAAGAUCCUUGUGAUUGGAGAGCUGUGGUCGGCCAUCGAUUCGUUGGAAAGGGAGAGUCAUGCCUUGACGCAAUGAAGGCCCGACCGACGAUCUGGUCUGAUCGGCUUUCUGUCAACAUCUCCUGGCUCCCGGAAAAUAGGUUCUUCCGGAAUUUUGCGUACACCUCAUAUUCAAGGCUACUUUCGACUAACCUUAAGCGGUUAACGUUUGUCUUGGCUCUGCUCAGUGUUACAAGUCCUUUCAGGUGGUGCUGGCAUCCCCGCUCUUUAGUUCGGAAAAGCCCGUUGUCGGAGCUUUAUGAUAACGGAAAAGGCCGGGGAUACGCUGGAUUCCAUUUCUGA